AUGGACAGCAGCGGCGGCGACUACCCGACCACCACCUCGCCGGCCACGCACCCGAACCCGGACGGGCACGACUGCGACACCAAGGAGGUCUGGACCAAGGAGAAACAGGAGUAUUGCUGUUCGAAAGAGAAUAAGGGUUGCAACAUGGACACCAGCGGGCAGACGGACUGCGACACCAAGGAGGUGUGGACAACGCAGAAGAAGGAGUACUGCUGCUCGAAAGAGAAUAAGGGUUGCAACAUGGACACCAGCGGGCAGACGGACUGCAACACCAAGGAGGUGUGGACAACGGAGAAGAAGGAAUAUUGCUGCACGCACGAGAACAAGGGGUGCGAGAUGAACAGCAGCGGGGACCGACGGGGCUUUUGA